AUGCUCACAAUUCAAUGCGGCUCAGGACACAAGUACGAGCCGGAGUUCAACCCGCCAGAUGAGAGCUUUCCCAAAGAGAGAUGGAACAAAGAAGUACUCAUUCCCAAAGGAGACUUCAUUUUCGGCACUGAUUCGCCAGUUUUAGAAGACGAUGGUGAAGAGCCAGCGCGGGAAUGUAGAAUAACAAGAGACUACUACAUGGAUGCGUAUGAAGUUACGAACUCGGAAUUCUGGAUAUUCGUUCAGAAGACCGGCUACAAAACGGAUGCCGAGAAUUUCGGCAACUCGUACGUCUUUGACCUCUGUUUACCAAAGGAGGUCCUUGAGUCUGCUGAUCAAAUGGGCGAUGACCUUCUCGCGCCGGAGGGCGAGUUCCGUGCCAACUACUGGCAGGGCGAGUUCCCAGACGAAGAUGGCGGGGGCGACGGAUUCCCCCUCACCACCGCGCCUGUUGACGCCUUCGGGGCUCAGAACGAGUUCGGCCUCUUCAACAUGAUAGGCAACGUUUGGGAGUGGACUGGCGACCGCUUUGCUCGUUACCACACGCACGAGCCAAAAAACGAUCCCUCAGGAAGUCCGCGAGGCACUGAAAGAGUCAAAAAGGGAGGAAGCUUCUUGUCUGACACAGAGCACUCUUACAGAAUUCGCAAUGCAGCGCGACAUCACAACUCCCCAGACUCGUCCACCAACGACAUGGGCUUCAGAUGCGUCAGAGAGACCAAGAAGCCAAACACCUUCAAGAAAACCAUGUAG